UGAGUGAUGGCGACUCGAUUUGCCAAUUCUGCCGGCAUCUUCGUCUGAAACAUCUGCUUGUUUGUCGUCGCAAAGAUUGCUUGGACGUUCCGGUGCGCAUUGGUCAAUUCAGAGAUGCGCAAUGCUCCUGCUGUGUCUUUAUGUUGAAGCACCUCAACGGGCGCGGUUCCGAUGCCGCGAGACUGCGUACCAGCGAAUUUAACGAAGCAACUCGGGGCGAUCAUGACUCUCUUGCACCCUCUUACAAUGGACAACGUCUGACAUUUGGGAUGGCGCAACCUUUGAUUUCCCUACGCGUGGGUGCAAACGGCGAAGUCAACCACGAAUUCCUGGUCCGAGAUAAUGGACCGGUCAUGGAAGCCGAUCCGUCAACCCAAAAGCUACAUCAUCUGCCCAAAUACGUCGAUUGGCGAUACUUCCGGGAUUUUCCCUUUGGUAUGACUCUGACAUAUGGCGAUGGCGGUCAUACGAUUGGAAUCCCCUCAGGGAUGAUUGAGCAGCCCGGACAUUGGGAGGCGAGCGCCCUGCCCGAGCAGUUCCGCUGCGUGGACGUGGUCGAUGAAUGUGUCUGUUUCAGUCCCCGAGGGAGUCCCUACGUUGCGCUGAGUUAUGUUUGGGGCCCUGUCAAGUCUUCGGACCUCCAAGCUACUAUGGCAAACAUACAGUCUCUGGGCCACACACGUGCUCUGUCGCAAAUUGAGCUGCCGCAAACGAUCAGAGAUGCCAUGACAGUGUGCAAAGAGCUCAACCUUCGUUACCUCUGGGUCGAUCGUCUGUGCAACGUACAAGAUGCGCCCGACCUCUCAGAGCUCAUCGACAGUAUGGGUCUCAUCUAUGCAAAUGCCAUAUUCACGAUAGCUGCAACGGCGGGCGAGGAUGCACACCAUGGACUUCCAGGCGUCAGUAAACCACGCUCGUGGAGUCAAGGGACCUGGAACGUCUUGGGUCUGGAAAUCGUCACAUCUGCGCCGUACCUCGACCAGAUCAUAGUCAAGAACAAAUGGAACACAAGGAGCUGGACCUACCAAGAGCAAGUCAUGUCCAAGAACUUGCUCUACUUCACUGACUACGGCAUGUACUAUGUCUUUUCUGAAGCGAACGUGAUCAUGUCCGAAACUCGUAUAGGUUUCGACUGGGGCCGCGGCAUUAGCAAUACAUUGAAAUCACGGCAAAGUUACCACUUUGCCCUACCCGAAUACACACGACGCCAUUUGAGCUAUCCCUCCGAUUACCUGAGAGCGUUUUCGGGUUUGCUAUUUUCGCAGUAUGGCAGCCAGACGAUGUGGGGCUUGCCAUGCGCAGAUUUCGAUCGGGCUUUACUCUGGAGACCGAGAGAAGCAGCGGCGGACUCUGCGAGAAACGACACGACAAACUUUCCAACCUGGUCGUGGACUUCUGCCGGAGAAGUUCGACAAACACAAGAGAUCGAAGUGAUUUCCGUAGCGUUAUGGUUCUGCAUCUCUGAUCACGAGUACGACGAAAUCGUAGUGCUCGCGCCCAAAUUGCAGGGCUGCCCCUUCACUCAUACAGAUGGGACUGGGGCGGCUGGAAGGGCGCGACUGAUAGCAGCGCUCGCGCUGCGAGAGGGUUGCUUUCUUUCGUCUUUUCCCGGUGAUUUCAACAUGCAGACUGAUCAGAUUCAUCUCGGCAGACUGCUCGCCGAAAAAUGGCCCCAAUAUAUACUUUUCUGGCGGGAGAUGUUCACUUCUUCUCGGUACGACGUGCACUCGGAGCAGAUCCUCUCGCGGUCACAAAGGAAAGCUGCCACUGCCCAGCCUGGCCGGGUCAUAGUGCAUACUCAGAUCGUCCCGUGUAGCAGCUUGUCUUUGGAUACUUCUCUCCAACAUCUGGUCGCCCGUGAAGACUAUAGUUUUAACUUAGCGAUCAUUCGAGACCACAGUGGUUUUCCUGUAGGUCAUAUCUCCCUGCCUGCCACAUUCCUCCAAGAGCUGGACUUACCGGGUUCAAACCAGCGCUAUCACUUCAUCUCCCUGGCGGUGACACAUGCAGAUUGUGAGGGCCCGGUGACGGUGCGUCCAUGGCCGGAGGUCGCGGAUCCAGAUGAAUUGACAGAGAUGCUAUGUCAAUUGAUAGCCUGCCCGUGCAAACGCACCGCAAUUGAUGGUGAAAGCAGAGAUGACUACAGCUCCCGCGACCACGAUAGCAUCGACAAGCCUGUCCACCUAGACCUCUGCCCGUUGUAUACCGGCGCAAAUGGCAAAGGGUCUGCCGCCACCGAAUUAGUCCAAUCGAGAGGCGACGCAUAUGCUCCGGGUCGUCCAUCUAAAUCACACCAACGGCGGAUGAUCGAGGACACAUUCGGAAAGAAAAUGUUCGACCAGCUUGGAUACCGAGAUCGCAACGGCAAGAACAUCCUCAAAUUCCGUGAAUCUUAUGCCUAUGAGGUGCCUGCGCUCAAGGCGAUGCUCAUCCGCCGCAGUGCGACCGAGCCGCAUGUGGCGACGAGAGUGAACAUCGGUCAGAUCUACAUGAAGAAAUGGUUACAGGCUCGACCGCGAUUCGAGACGGUGGUAUUGGCCUGAGAGGUUCGGACAUAGUCAUGCUCCCUAGGAAGUAUCGUGUUGGGGAUUACCACGCCGCAUGGUGCGUCUAUUGUCGUCUUCGUACAAUGUCCGCUGGCGCAUACGCCAAAGCAAGAACAUCCACAAGUACAGCGAGAGGACUCGUUAUGUCUCAUAUUGUGGGAAUGUUGUUGUCUUUGUUGUCGUGGUGCCGCAUGGCACGCCUGGCCGGGCCAUUUGCGGCACAGCAGUCGCCUGGUCAAGGUGGGUAUGGCUCGGCCCAGGAUCAGCCCAU